AUGUCGCGCAGGGAGCCCCAGUUCAACCAACAAAACCUCUACGACCCCACGCCUAUGCCCAAUGGCAUUCCCAAGGUAGCCGAGAUCGGAGCGACUUCUGCGCCGCUGACCAGUGCCGCCUACUUCAUUGGAGACCGAUGCAAGGCGUUCAACGAUGACUACAUGAAGUGCAAGGACGAGUCAAAAGCAGGAGAGCUUGAGUGCUUGAAGGAGGGACGGAAGGUCACCCGCUGCGCGGCUAGUGUUAUUAAGGACAUCAACACCCACUGCCUGCAACAGUUCAACACUCACUGGGAAUGCCUCGAGAACAACAACCACCGACUGUGGGAGUGCCGCAAGCAGGAGAUGGAUUUGAACAAGUGUGUUUUCGACAAGCUGGGCCUCAAGAAGACCAUCCCCGGCGCCCCCGAGAACCAGACCCCGGUGCAUCUCCGACCCAAGCAGCUGUACGCUUCCUUCCCCGGCCCGCAAUAUUAA